AUGCCGCCACCAACUACGACGGUAUCACGAAAACGAACACGUUCAACAAAUAUUUCUGAAAGUAAUAAUGAUCAUGAACCAUCAACAUCAACUAUGGUUUCAUCACUACCAACUAAUCCAGUUCCUCCGAAACGUCAACGUAAUAAUCCACCAUCUGUAGAAUCACAUACUACAAAUUAUUCACUUCGUAAUCGUUCCGUAACAUCUGAUUCUCAACAAUCACAACGAUACAAUUUACGACCACGUCAUCCACAAUCACAGAUUCAUUCAUCUCAAGUUUCUGUUCCACAUUCAACUACAAUAUCACAUCGCACUCGACGUCCUAUAUCGUCGACAUUAACAACUAGUAACAGUUUACAACAAGAACAAGCAACACCAUCUACUACUCAACCACGUCAAUAUCGUCUUGUUUAUAUAUCCGAUGAUGAUGAUCAACCAACAACAACUACACAAACAUUAACAACAAAUAUGAAUACAACGUUUAAUUUAGUAACUGAUAAUGAAGAUGAUGAACCAAUACCUCCGCGUCGAACAACAAGAUCAACAUCUAAUACGAGUCAUAAUAUACGUUCUCGUACAGUGACCGAUCCAACAAGUACAACAACAAUUGAUAAUCAAGAUUUUACUACUGGCGGUGUAGCACAUGUUCGCCUUAAUCGUGCUAUUGAAAUUGUUAUUGAUUCUAUUCAAUCUCUCGAAGGUGCUGUAAAUAAUUUUGAUCAACUUGUCUUUAGUCUUAUUUAUGGUCGACUAAAUACACGAACUGAAUUUGAAAGUCUUGAAGGUAUGAUUCGUUUAUCUCGAAUACUUAAUUUAAAUUUUCCAUCACGAUUAACUCAAGAUGAAAUUGAUGCAUUACCAAAAAUUAAAUUUCUUAACAAAUCUGAAUUAACAUCAUCAACACUUUUAGCUGAAAAAUGUCCGAUUUGUUUAACAGAAUUUAAUGAUCAAGAAAUAAUUAAUAAAUUACAUUGUACACAUUUAUUUCAUCUUCAAUGUAUAUCAACUUGGCUUAGUGAAAAUGAUUCAUGUCCAACCUGUCGUCGAAAAGUGAAUGGAAAUUAG